AUGCCCGCAAGUCAUCAACCCCCUUAUCCUAUACCCUCUGCAUCCCAAUCUCUUCACACGGCCCCUGCACCUUCCAUCAGCCCUCAAACACUCUCCCACCCUUUACCCCCUCGUCCUCCUCCCUCCAGUCGUCCUUUGCAAGUUCCGCCUUCCCCCCCCUUCAAAGAUCAGCACGAGGUCCAGUCUCGGGCAGGGGAUACUCGCCCGAAUGAUUUUGAUGAAUUCUUCGCGGGACUUGAUUCUCUCCGCGUCCCCAUCCCCAGUGAUGCAGCCGUGGAACGCUCGAGCCGGUAUUUGCAGGAUGAGAGGCACGGUUCUCACGGUUUUCCUGACGGGGAUGAGGACAGAGGCCAGGAGAAGGACGACGAAUCCUUACCGGUUCCUUCGCCCGCUGUAGAAUGCGGCCUGGUCGGAUCAACCGGCACAAAGGCUCUUCCUGGCGACGGCAGUUCAACGCUCGUUCUGGAUCCGACUCCACACGCUGGCUUUUUGGAGCCGGGGUCGGGUCAGGAUACAUCGCAUAGACAAGAAUGGCCCCGAAGCAGUUCUGAUGACCCUCUGCCCUUCAAUCCGCCGAUCACGGUAGACUCUGAUGACAGCGCUACGGACAGGUCCGCUGUUGACAGCACCUUCACGUCUCCCGCCAAACGAGACACUUCCAGCCGUGCUACAUCCAUAUCUCACUCUCCCAAGGCGGAUGGUGGAAGCAACGAAGCCGGCACUGGCAUCGCCGGUGUGCGAUCUACCCUACUCAAGAGACAACGCCGGCGCGGGCCUGGUACCGGUGCCAUGCACCCCAUGGUCGCCGUUGAAGUGCCGGUCAUCGCGGAUCGCCUCGAAGAAGGCAUAUCAAGCUCGAUGCGGUACGAGAAUGGGCUAAGCAGCCGACCCCGGACCCGCCAACAGGAGACUCGUGCGCGAUCGAGGCGUGAGGUCCCCGAUACCCAGGACUGUAAGCUUCCCGGAAAAUCGGUGCAGUGUGUCGAAGACGACACGACCAUGUCCGACACGGGUGGCUCGAGCGCACACUCCGACGAUACGGACGACGACUACCGUGCGAGCAGCGAAGAGGAUGGCUCAAUGAAACCACCUUCGAAGCGUCGCAGGCUUUCCACACCGCCAUCCGGCCCUGCGUCGCGCCGUCCUCGGUUUCGGAUCCCAAGGGCAGCAGCCGCUGCAGGUCGUGAAGGUGACGAACGGGAGGACUGCAGGGUGCGAACGACGACUGCGAAGGACCGUUCUACGAACCCCGGGAACAGAAAUCAUGGACCAGACACAUACGCCCACUCCCGACCUCCUAUUGAUUACGAGACGCGCAGUUGCCCUCUGCCGUUGUUGGCCCGAGGGGAAGCUGUGAUGCUAUCAUCUAGGGUGGCCCAAGUCGUUUUCGAGAUGUUCAUGGGCCGUCCAAUGACCGCCUCAGAUCUCGCGGGCGAGACGACAGCCGCGGCCGACACCGAAAGAGAUUACAGCGAACGGGAGGUCGAGGGCCUGGGUGGGAAAAGACGUCGCUGGACUCGAGAGGAGGACGACCGUCUAAUGACCCUGAAGCAGGACGGCUUCUCCUGGCCGGAGAUCGAGGAGCGGUUUCCACACAGACAACUCGGCUCCUUGCGGCAGCGAUGGUACACAAAACUUCAGAAUACGCACGCAAGCAACCCCCCCACCAACAAGCGGAGGCAAGAGUGGAACUGUCGUGCAUCAGCCGGUGAACCCCUUCCGACAUCUAAGCCACCCACGCCCGUGGAAACUUCACUGGGCUAUCUCGGCGGACAACCCCAACCAGCGGACGACCGGGCCACACCGAAUGCGAAGCCCCGCACACCAUCUCCGUCCUCAACAGUGACCGCCAUGUGCCCGGUGUGCAAUUCUGUGGUCGAGGUGGAGGCUUCCAGUGCGUUCAAUGCCGCCAACAAUCGCAUGCAGGUCCGCGAGCAGUUGCGGUUCUGCGAGAACCACCGAAAGGAAACCGCACGGCGCGAGUGGUCCCGACUUCGCUAUCCCAUCAUUGCGUGGGACCGCCUCGAUGAUCGGUUGACUCAAUUCCAUCCUCGCCUGCGCCGGAUCCUCGAUGGUUCCGGGUACCGCUCCCGCUAUAAGAGUGUUGUGCACGAGAAAGUGCGGAAGCAUGGCAGAAAGAUCCUCUCCCGGAGUGUCCUGCACAGCACUGGCUACUAUGGCCUUAGAGGCCAUGAGAUCCUCUCAGCGCAUGUCGUGUCUCACUUUAAAGAUGCCAUCCACUCACUGGCCGGCAUCGAUAGCGUGGCGUCGAAGUAUGGGACCGUGGUGUAUGCCCAAGAGGUCUUGGUUCCCGAACUGCUGGAGAUGUUGGUUCAGGAGGACAUGAGAGUCGAUGCCAAAGUGGCCCGCCGGAUUCUGAAGGAGAGCAACGAGAUCGGGAAUUUGCUUAAUCUUGAGUGA